AGGCCUUUUUAUCUUGACCGUUCCUACAUUACCAGCAUCAAUGAUGAUCCUCCGAGAGUUACAUCCCAUGCUUCAGCAAUGAACAAACGUAUUCAUUAUUAUGGGAGGCUGGGCCCUCCCUCUGAAAAUUCUUUGGUUGCUCCUGAUCAUGUCAUCCCUGCACCUGAAGAGACCUAUGUUUACAGUCCCCUUGGAAGUGCCUUGAAAAUUGGUGGAGGAGACAGUUCGGAAAAGAACUCCAGCAUUGUCACAAUAUUUAUGAUCUGGAAUACCAUGAUGGGGACAUCGAUACUCAGUAUUCCCUGGGGCAUAAAACAGGCUGGAUUCACCACUGGAGUUGUUAUAAUCUCCUUGAUGGGCCUUUUAACACUUUACUGCUGCUACAGAGUUUUGAAAUCACGAGUGACAAUAACCUCUAUUGACACCUCAACCUGGGAGUUUCCAGAUGUCUGCCAAUACUAUUUUGGCUUAUUUGGUCGGUGGUCCAGCCUCCUGUUUUCUCUGGUGUCCCUCGUUGGAGCAAUGAUUGUCUAUUGGGUUCUGAUGUCCAAUUUUCUAUUUAAUACUGGGAAAUUUAUUUAUAGUAAGUACAAAAUGUCAUAUGUCUAUGAAGGUUCUCAUUUAUCCAGGGUAUAUGAGAGAAUCAUUUGCCCAAAUAAUGGAGACUCCACACCAUCAAAUGAAACGGUGGAUUUCAUUUUUGGAAAUUCUACAGGAUUCACACUAUUCCAGAUGUGUUGGAAUAAAACAAAUACUGUUCCGCUUUAUCUGAUCAUCAUACUUCUGCCUCUUCUCAACUUCCGCUCACCGUCCUUUUUUGCCAAAUUUAAUGUCUUAGGCACUGUGUCUGUACUGUACCUGGUAUCACUAAUAACUUAUAAAGCUGCUCGUAUUGGAUUCCAUUUUCAUUUUGAAUGGGAUGAACUACAAAAAUAUUUUGUUCCUGAAUUUAGGUUAUCGUUUCCUCAAUUAACUGGAAUCCUCACACUUGCUUUCUUCAUUCACAACUGUAUCAUUACGCUGCUAAAGAACAACAGAAACCCUGAAAAUAAUGUCAGGGACCUCUCAGUUGCCUAUUUCCUGGUUGGAUUAACGUAUUUGUAUGUAGGUGUCAUGAUAUUUGGUUUAUUUCCUUCCCCUCCGCUGGCAAAAGAAUGCAUUCAACAAAACUUUCUAGAUAAUUUUCCCAGCAAUGACAUCCUGUCAUUCAUUGCUAGAAUAUUCUUGCUGUUUCAAAUGAUGACAGUGUACCCCCUUCUGGGGUAUCUGGUCAGAGUACAACUCUUGGGACAUAUAUUUGGAGAUACCUAUCCAAGUAUUCUACAUGUUUUGGGACUCAACAUAGCUGUUGUUGCCGUGGGAGUUGUCAUGGCGAAAUUCUAUCCCAACAUAGGAGGAAUUAUUAGGUUUUCGGGAGCUGCUUGUGGUCUUGCGUUUGUCUUUGUGUACCCCUGUCUGAUCCACAUGAUCGCUCUUUAUCGCAGCCAGCGGCUCACAUGGUAUUCCGCUGUCAUACAUACCUCUAUCAUCGUAAUAGGUGUUGGGAACCUUGUUGCACAGUUUCUCAUGUGA